UUUUUUUAUUUUAUCUAUAUUAUCAUUAUUUCGUCCCUUUUUUUUUUUUUAAAUGAUCUGGCGAUCUGACUCCAUCCAUCAAGAUUAUAUGAAGCAUGACGUUCAAUCGAUGACAUCCAAAUUUUCUGUUCGUCCAACAAAAACAAGGCUGACUGGUGAUAGUAUUGACAGAAAGGACAAAGUGAUUUCUUCUUCUACCAAUCCUAUCAUGAAAACAACACAAAAUACGACUUUGGAAUUCGUCGAACAAGGUGAUAGUCAUGAAGAAGAAGAAGAAGAGGACGACGAUGAUGAUGAUGAAGUAGAAGAUAUGGAAGAUGACGACCCUGAAUCUGGUGAAGAUAAGUCCGCUCCUACAACACCACCACUACCAACAACAACUAUCAUCAAUACUCCUACUUCACCAAUCAAAGCAACUCGUCCACCUAAUCAAGUAUUAUACCUCAACUUUACAUCUGAUUUAUCCCCUCAUACAUCACGACAAAGGAAAAAAGGAUCACAAACUAAUAAAUCAGCUUACCGAGUUAACGGCGUCAACAUUCUCAACAGAAAAAAUUUGGACAGUAAAACAGUGGUGGAACGGAUUCAACGACGAAAGGAAAAUCAUAAUCAUGUAGAACGACGACGACGAGAUACCAUCAACAAUAUUAUUCUGGAAUUGUCUCAAGUAGUACCCAACGCUAUGACCACUAGGAAACCACAUAAAGGCAACAUCUUGAAAGCAACUUUGGAAUAUGUUAUGGCUCUCAAGGCGGAAAAUGAAAUGUAUCGAUCUAGAUUGGCUAGUAGACUUCCACCACCUUCUUCCACUUCACCAAUCACUUCAUCUGCAACCACAUUACCAGGGACAUUAGGAUUAUCAUCAGGCAACUCAUCUGUUUAUUCCAACCCCGUCGUCUCUUCUCCGCCUUUACUUCCAUCCACGUCAUUAUUCAUACCCACAACACUUCCAGAACCAAUGCCUUCUGCAACUUUACACCAAUUGCAACAACCACAACAAAAACAGUAACAACAACAACUAUCAAAAGGGAUUUGAACUGAAGUUUGAAGGAAAACAACGUUAUCUUUUAUAUUUUUUUUUUUAUUUCAGUUAGUUUUUGGAUGUUAGUGGUCUUAUCUGUAUUACUUCACAUACAUGCACGCACACACACAUAUAUAUAUAUACACAAAAAAAGGUUGGUCUUUUCUCUCCCCUCACGUUUUGCAUCACAUUUGAUUUACUUUUUAUAUAAUAUCACUCAUACUCUUAGUUUAAUAAAGAAAAUAUGUACAUAUAUACCGUUCUGGCGGAUGGAAGGAUGAUCGUUUUACGUUGUACAGAUGUACCAAACUGAUGUGCAUAGAAAUGGAUAGAUAGAUUUCUAAAAAAAAAAAAAAAAAGGAAUGCCUCUAAUGAUCGAC